AUGGCAGCCGGCAGAACAUCAUCACCAACUUCUGCUGGUCUUGGUGGACCCUCAGUGGCGGAUCUCUCGAAAGAAAAAACGAAUGGCACAAGGUUGGCAAGACUGCUUAUUGACGAAGGAACAAAGGUUUUAAUGAAAUUCUUACAUUCCAUACAUCCAGAGUCAACCUUACAGAACGCAUUGAACAACAAUCGCCCAAAGCUCGAUGGGCUGAGGCGGAAGCGAGUAAUAUUUGAUGAACAGUGGGAGAAACUGUUUCCUUCCUCAGGUAAACCGCCAGACUCGAAAGACUUUGACAUCACCCUCUUACACUUACUUCUCCGUGAAAUUUGUCAUCUAUCGGCUCCUUCGACCGGAUGGCGCAAAAUGCCUGCCGACACUGAUGCCAGCCCUGAAGCCAGCAUCGUGCGUAUCAAAUGCUAUAGAAAUGAGCUUUGCCACAGUGUUCCUACUGGAGUUCCGAAUGACGAAUUCGAAGACAAAUGGAAUAAAAUAUCUUCGUCUUUGGAAGUACUUCAGGUUGCCGCCCAUCGGAAGAAACUACAGUCCCUGAAGAGUGCUACCGCCGAUCACGAAGCUCAAUUGGUUGAAGAGGAACUCGAACAAUGGAGGAGGGAGAAAGAACUUGAGAAGAUUGGAAAAGUCUCUGAACUCUCCAGUUGUCUUCCUGAUGACUUGUCAGAAGAACAUGUUAUCGGCCGUGGUGAUCAAAUACAAGACAUCAAAGAAAAAGUUCAAAGUGGAACGGCUCCUGUAAUUCUGAUCACUGGUGGACCGGGAUUCGGAAAGACGACCGUAGCAAAGCGAGUGGCCUGUGAAUUAGCCAAAUCCGAGAAUGAAAGAACUGUGUUGUUUUGUAGCUUAUCAUCAAAUACUACUUUCAACGAAACGACUAUGGAAAUGAUCAACUCAUGUCUUAAAGUGGUCAACACGCAGGUACCAGAGAAUCCGGGGCAGUGGCUCAAAGACUGGAGCAAACAAAUUCAAGAGCAGGUCACUUUUGUUCUUGACAAUGCAGAUGGUGUCAUCGAGUCUGAAGAUCGAGAAUUGUUCCUCAAUUUCUUACGUGAUGUAAGAAUGUUUUCGCGACAAAAUGUCACAUUUGUGAUAUCUACAAGAAGAACAUUUCAAAAUACUGACUUGAAACCAAAAGAAGUCAGGCUACGCGAGUUGUCAAACGAACAGGCCAGAAGUCUUCUAAUUGCUCAAGUUCACCUCCACGAACAAGGUUUCCAGCAACAACUCUUUAAAGCAGAGCGCAUUGUAGAACUUUGUGGCUGUGUUCCUCUGGCCCUGUGCAUUGUUGGAUCUCUGCUUUCAGAUUACACCGAAGAAACUCUUAUUAAAAAACUGGAGGAAGAACCACUUGCUGUACUAGAAGACGAUGAAGGAUCUGUAGAAAAGGCCAUCAAGACCUCUUUUGAUCUAUUGACUGAAGCUGGACAAGAAGCCCUCGUUCUAAUGUCAACUUUCCAGGGUUCUUUUGACUCAGGUGCUGCCGAGGCUGUAAUGAAAGCGUGCUUAGUUCCUGGAAUUCAGCCCAUCAAGAUUAUUCGCUCCUUGAAAAAGAGUUCGCUAAUCGAGCAACCAAGUUACCAGAGGUAUCAAAUGCAUCCACUCAUUCACUUGUAUGCAAGGAAGAUUGGUCAAGCCAAGUAUGUCGAUCUUUUAGUUAAAGCAGAAAAAUUGGCUUGUGUUUAUUACAUGUCUCGCCUUGCGAACAACGCCGAAUUGUACUGGAAAAGAGACAGUUGCAAAGAAUCCCUCUUUUCAUUCAACAAGGACAGAAACAAUUUCGAACAUUUUCUUCGUAUUUAUGCCCAAGGAAGGGAGGAAAAGGAUGUAGAGAUUAUGGAACGCUCUCAAACUCUUUUGGAGAGUUUUCCACAGAAGUGUAUGUAUUUGGAAAGGUGUCUUCAUCCAAAGAAUUAUGCACAGUUCCUUGAACAGUUACUGGACACAUUUGACCCAACUGUUCAGCCAAUGCGUGUUGUAGAACUUUCGUGCCUUCUUGGACAUGAAUAUAGGAAGAAAGACCAAAAGAAGUACAACGUACUUAUGCAGAGAGCGGAAGAAAUUUAUCGCCUGAAUGCUGCGAAGUUUAAAGGAAAUCCGUUAUCAGAGGUUUACUUUCACAACAGUUACGCACGCUUCCUUUCCGAUAAAAAAGAUCCUAAAGAAAACCAAAGAAUUGACCAAGAGACUCAAUCAGCUCUACGUGUCAGCAGUGCAAGUCUGGGUGAACUUCAUCCGGAAACAGCAGCAACUCUUCUUCUUUCAGGAAUCAUUGCCAAGCGCCGUAAGGAGCGUGAUACAGCUACAAAACAGCUUACAAAGGCGUUAGAACUCUUCGAACGGUGCCUUGGUAAACAUUUUAUGACAGCCGAAGCCCUGAAGGCCAUUGCAGACCUUCGUUUGUUUCUCGGUGGAGAAACAAAAGAGGAAGAUGACUUAAAAUUUUGCCUCAAGUAUUAUAACGCAGCCAUAGAAAUGUUCGACGAUCUCGUCGAGGGUGGAAGCAAAGAAAGCAUCCUGACUUUGAAGAACUGCGCAGCUUGUCACCAGAAAAUAAAAAACGUUGAUGAGGCAAUGACUUUAUUCAGAAAGGCAGAACAAGUUGCCGAGAGAGAAUUGGAAGAGAAUCACGAAUGGAAGGUCUUAAUCAAGACUACAUGGGCCAUCUUACAUGACGAGAUAGGAAACAAGGAUAAAGCGAAAAAAAUGAUGCUUGAAGGACUGUCCAUAGCCAAAAAACUAGACUUGCCAAUAGCAAAGAUGGGAAACAAAGACCCGAUACGAUCGUUUAUCAACCGUUAUUCAGAGGAUUUCCCUGAGACGGAAUUCCCAAGUAAGUACUGUAUCCAAGUUAGCAGUUAAUAGAAGGCCCCCCUAUAACUCAAACCUUGCCCAGGCCUACUCAAACCAAAACUGAUUUGCCGAAGAACUCCGUCAAAUAGUUAUUAUUAUUUUAUCCUCGAUAUCUCAAGCCUCUCAAUAACUCGAACCAGUUUUUGUUUUCCUUGCGGAUAUUUUAAAAUAACCUUGCCCUCGGUAACUCGAAACAACAACAACAAAAAAAGAGCUUUACCGCUAUGUAGCGCGUUGAACUGAUUUGAAGCAGGCGUGUCCUCCUGCGUUGUAGUAAUUCCUGAUAUCUACCGCGGUGUCUUCAACUUUCAGGAGGAGAAAAGAAGAAAGGAAAAAGAAGAUGAGAGGGAAAAAGAAGAACAGCAGUUAAGAUUCACAAUAAUAAUUUCAAGAAAGGUGAAGGUGUCUGGCCAUAAAUGUAUUUGCAAGGGACUAUAAGGAACUGACUUAUAAACAAGGCAUUUCUCAAGUUCCCAAAGCUCCAAAUAUUUUUCGAAUAUUUCUUCUUUUUUCUUUAAAAGAAAAUGUUACUAGGAUCAGAUUCCUUGAGUAAAUCACGUAGAAGAAUUACACAAAUUUUGAACUAAUCCGCCACAUAACUGACGAUAAGGUAUUGAACACUUUUUUAAUCUAACUUCUGUUAUUUGAACAGUCAAGCUUUCUGGAGCCUAGAAGAAAGAGCCGCACUAUCCUGCAAUUAAUUCAUUAGAUUAAGGUCGACUUUCCCUCCUAAACCUUGGGUUGGGAGGGUAAAUGGAGCAAAACAGUCGCUGACAAGGAGAGGAAUCGAUAUCUGUUAUGUUCUUCCACAUAGGACAGAUGUCGAGAAAGGACGGGUUACUCUUCAUAUGCCUCCUCGACAACUAAAUUCGAUUAGAGUGCUUACAUAUCACAAUGUUAAGAUUACCCCUGUGUUGUCAGUUUCUUAAGCAAAUUCAUCAUGCCGUUUGUUCUUAAUCUUAGAAGGCUCGUUAACGUCUUUAACUCGGGAUAUUUUCAUGAUCAAUGCUAUCUGCAUUAUGAAAUGCUUUCUACCCUCAAGAGAAAUAGGCUUUUUUUAAUCAAUCGAAUAAAUAGUCUUAAUUAUUUGCACUCCGCACUCUUAUUGGCUUUGGACUUGACGUGCGAGAGGUCGCAGCCAGUCUACUAAAAUAAAUAAUUUCUCAUGGAAACUUAAUUAGUCACGUCUGAGAACUUGGCAUAACAAUUUUGUGGCCAAGAACUUUGACGCAAUUAACCAUGUUGGUUUGUUAGAAAUAAAAAUUUUACGAUGGUCUGCUCUUCAAGCCUUCUCGGUAUGUUCUUUUAAGCCUUGUUGUUCCUUGCGUCAGCUCAUGCCGGCAUUUAUUAAGACGACAUUCUUGGCAGCCCGAUACACCCGGCUGAAUUGAAAACAUUUCUCGGAAUCUGCCUCCAAGACAGAUCGAUUUCCUACGAAUUUUGUACUAUCACAAUAAUUUUAUUUAAGCUUCCAUGAAAACCGCUUGAAUUUCACGUGUACCACGUUUAUGUCCCUCGUUUAAACAUGGAAAUACCAUAAUUAGUAGAUGAAGAUAUUACUUCUUUAUCUAAUAACCUCAAAUUCCCAAGGGAAUGAGCAGUACUGACAAGUGAAACGAAAAUUUUGUUAAUGAUGUCGUUUACUAAUUGGAUAUUAAAAAAUCAUCUUGGAUCUCCAACCGUGAAAAACACCUAUGAGACCGGUCAUUAUUUAUGGCCGGGGGAGGAGGUGGGGUGUCGUAGGAUUUUAGUCGUGCCCAUGACCUUUCUCGUUGGCUGUUAAUCGGCAGUCAAUUUCUCUAAGUUCCUCCAUUAUACUCAAUUCUCCCUCCUAUCUCGAAAAAAACCAUUUGAUCCCCUCCCCCCCUCCCCCCGCAGGAAAAAUGACCCUCCGAUCCUCUAGGCGAUCUACAACGACUGGUUACGAAAGACCUAUGCAAAUUUGCUCUAGUGUUGUAUUUCGCGGAAAUCAGGGAACGAAACCAAUAUUCCCUGUUUCUCAUGGUGCUGGCGUGUCGUUGAUGAGUAGCUGUGAAAAGGCGUUUCGAUUUCAGUGCUAUCAAAUCACUUCAGUGGAUGAGACCUUGUCUAUUCAGAGCCAAGCGUGUGCGUAGCGUGCCCCAUUAACUGAAAUGGAGGUUCACCAACGUUGAGGUGAGUGAUGUAUCAGAGUAUACGGUACCACACUAGCUGAAUAACUAACGGAACAAAAUAUUACCUUACUUAUGAGAAGUGCCGAGGCUCAUUCGUAGGAAGUAAUUCAAUCUCACAUGGAAAACGAGUAAAGGGGUUAGUUUCUAAAGAAACUGUGGUGCUGCGUCGGUGGGAGAGUACAACAGGGUAAUUUAGUAUUAUCAACUGAGUUGAUAACGUUAAUUGGCCACCGAUUUAAAUUAAACGUAAAUUGGCCAUUCGCUCUGACGAAGGGCUAACACUCGGAACGUCAGCCUUUAAACUAUUUACGGCGGUUAAUUUACGCCUGUUUCUCUUUUACCUGAUGAAACAAAACAUUUGAAUGCUUUUCUAUUUUAUUUUAUUCUCGUCUUGAAUCGAUACUUAAAAACAUUAGCUAUUUCGUAACUGGAUGCGGAAAAAAGCUCUACCUUGCUAGACGUAAGAAUUAUGCUGCGUGGGCAACUGAAGAUGUACUCAGGCGAACACUUAACAAUAACUCAUUCGAAGAAUACAUUUCUGACGAGUUUAAAUGAAAUCACACUGUUUAUUAUGGACUGACAUAACGAUCUCUAUGUCUACAAGGCGAGGAAUGGUUUCUCCAAACGCUUCCAUGACGAUGGUCUCAACUUGUGCUUCGAUCAUGGCUUUAAAAAAUUGACAUGCAUUAAGAAUAUGGCCCUGCUCACUCAAUGCCACCCUCUUUCCCUGUCGUGGUACAACAUUGAUUAUUGCCAUAUAUUCAUCUUGAAUCUCCAACCGUCCAUAACAGCUAAAUUGUUUUGAGAAACAUAAUUGUACAAAGUUGCUGUAGUAGCGACUUUCUUGCUAAACAGAAAGCAACUCUGUAGAAACUUUAAGAAUUCUGGAGACCUAUAAAAAUCGUAUCUCUAAAUAACAGCAAUUUCGAGUGCUUCCCUAGAGACGUGAGCUUGUUUACCCAGAACAACUCAUUGGAUUCAAAGAAACCUAAAGAUCAAUAUAUUCCGGAAACACGAAUAUUCUCCUCCCAAAAUAAUAUGGUUUCAUGUCAUGGGUCACAUCGACAAUCUUUCAGUUUCUAUGCAAGCGCCUCUUUUAGCAUUUUCAAGAUUUUUCUUAAUGGAUUUAAAGAACAUGACUUUGAGUGCACCUAUAUCUCAAACUAGAGAUUCCGACCAAACUGUGACAUGUAACUACCAUUUCUUAAAUGGAUAGUAUUACAUAUCAAUGUACUCAAAAGUCAUUCCCAGAAAGCAAUCGUUACACAUCCACUAUUUUUGCUUUAUUUCACCAUUCAAGUUUCCGAGAAAAUCCGCAAUUAUUUUUUAUAUAAUAGUCCAAAAAUCUGUCUUCUCUUCUUUACAUAGUUAAGAAAUUACAACUGUUAAUCUCAGAUAUGGCUUUAUCAUUAAAAUAACAAAUUUUAUCGAAAGAAUAAGAAAGUGAAAAGGGACAGGUUCGUGCAAAUUUCACACUGAUCUUUCUUAGAAACCGUGGAAAAUUAUUCAUCAUCGAGUAUUUCCUAGAACUCAUUAGGAAAUUCCCUUUUGACUGGUUAUUAAAUUAAUGUUGAUUGUUUUUAAAGAACUUUGAGGUCAUGGCAGGCGGUGGAACAUCCUUAUCAACUUCUGUUGGUCUUCGUGGACUCUCAGUGGCGGAUUUAUCGGAAGAAAAGACAAAUGGCACAAGGCUGGCAAGACUGCUUAUUGAUGAGGGCACAAAAGUUCUCAGAAAAUUCUUGCAUUCAAUGCAUCCAGAGUCAACCUUACAGGACGCAUUGAAAAACAAUCGCCCAAAGCUCAAGGGGUUGAGGCGGAAGCGAGUAAUAUUUGAUAAACAGUGGGAGAAAUUGUUUCCUUCCUUAGAUAAACCGCCAGACUCGAAAGAAUUUGACAUUACCCUCUUACACUUACUACUCCGUGAAAUUUGUCAUCUAUCGGCUCCUUUGACCGGAUGGCACGAAAUGCCUGCCGACACCGAUGCCAGCCCUGAAGCCAGCAUCGUGCGUAUCAAAUGCUAUAGAAAUGAGCUCUGCCACAGUGUUUCUACUGGAGUUCCGAAUGACGAAUUCGAAGACAAGUGGAACAAAACAUCUUCGUCUUUAGAAGUACUCGAGGUUGCCGCCUAUCGGAAGAAACUACAGUCCCUGAAGAGUGCAACUAUCGAUCACAAAGCUCAAUUGGUUGAAGAGGAGCUCGAACAAUGGAGGAGGGAGAAAGAACUUGAGAAGAUUGGAAAAGUCUCUGAACUCUCCAGUUGUCUUCCUGAUGACUUGUCAGAAGAACAUGUUAUCGGCCGUGGUGAUCAAAUACAAGACAUCAAAGAAAAAGUUCAAAGUGGAACGGCUCCUGUAAUUCUGAUCACUGGUGGACCGGGAUUCGGAAAGACAACCGUAGCAAAGCGAGUGGCCUGUGAAUUAGCCAAACCCGAAAAUAAAAGAACUGUGUUGUUUUGUAGCUUAUCAUCAAAGACUACUUUCAACGAAACGACUAUGGAAAUGAUCAACUCAUGUCGUAAAGUGGUCAACACGCAAGUACCAGAGAACCCAGGGCAGUGGCUCAAAGACUGGAGCAAACAAAUUCAAGAGCAGGUCACUUUUGUUCUUGACAAUGCAGAUGGUGUCAUCGAGUCUGAAGAUCGAGAAUUGUUCCUCGAUUUCUUACGUGAUAUAAGAAUGUUUUCGCGACAAAAUGUCACAUUUGUGAUAACUACAAGAAGAACAUUUCAAAAAACCGACCUGAAACCAAAAGAAGUCAGGCUACGCGAGUUGUCAAACGAACAGGCCAGAAGUCUUCUAGUUGCUCAAGUUCACCUCCACGGACAAGAUUUCCAGCAACAACUCUCUAAAGCAGAGCGCAUUGUAGAACUUUGUGGCUGUGUUCCUCUGGCCCUGUGCAUUGUUGGAUCUCUACUUUCAGAUUACACCGAAGAAACUCUUAUUAAAAAACUGGAGGAAGAACCACUUGCUGUACUAGAAGACGACGAAGGAUCUGUAGAAAAGGCUAUCAAGACCUCUUUUGAUCUAUUGACUGAAGCUGGACAAGAAGCCCUUGUUCUAAUGUCAACUUUCCAGGGGUCUUUUGACUCAAGUGCUGCCGAGGCUGUAAUGAAAGCGUGCUCAGUUCCUGGAAUUCAGUCCAUCAAGAUUAUUCGUUCCUUGAAAAAGAGCUCGCUCAUCGAGCAACCAAGUUCCCAGAGGUAUCAAAUGCAUCCACUCAUUCAUUCGUAUGCAAGGAAGAUUGGUCAAGCCAAGUAUGCCGAUCUUUUAGCUAAAGGAGAAAAACUGGCCUGUAUUUAUUACAUGGCUUGGCUUGCGAACAACGCCGAAUUGUACUGGAAAAGAGACAAUUGCAAGGAAUCCCUUUUUUCAUUUAACAAGGACAGAAACAAUUUCGAGCAUUUUCUUCGUAUUUAUGCCCAAGGAAGGGAGAAAAAGGAUGCAGAAAUUAUGGAACGAACUCAAACUCUUUUGGAAAGUCUUCCGCAGAAGUGCAUGUAUUUGGAAAAGUGUCUUCAUCCAAAGAAUUAUGCUCAGUUUCUUGAACAGUUACUGGACACAUUUGACUCAACUGUUAAGCCAAUACAUGUUGUAGAACUUUCGUGUCUUCUUGGAAAUGAAUAUAGGAAGAAAGACCAAAAGAAGUACAGUGAACUUAUGCAGAGAGCGGAAGAAAUUUAUCUCCUGAAUGCUGCAAAGUUUAAAGAAAAUCCGUUAUCAGAAGUUUACUUUCACAACAAUUAUGCACGCUUCCUUUCCGAUAAAAAAGAUCCUAAAGAAAACCAAAGAAUUGAUCACGAGACUCAAUCAGCUCUAGAAGUCAGUACAAGUUUGGGUGAACUUCAUCCGGAAAGAGCAGCAACUCUUCUUUUUUCGGGAAUCACUGCCAAACGCCGCAAGGAGCGUGAUACAGCUAAAGAACAGCUAAGAAAGGCGUUAGAAGUCUUUCAACAGAGCCUUGGUAAACAUUUUAUGACAGCCGAAGCCCUGAAAGCCAUUGCGGACUCUCGUUUUUUUUUCCUUGGUGGAGAAACAAAAGAGGACGACGGCUUAAAAUUUUGCCUCGAGUAUUACAACGCAGCCAUAGAAAUGUUCGACGAUCUCGUCGAGGGUGGAAGCAAAGAAAGCAUCCUGACUUUAAAGAAUUGCGCAGCUUGUCACCAGAGAAGAGGAAACUUUGAUGAGGCAAUGGCUUUAUUCACAAAGGCAGAACAAGUUGCCGAGAGAGAAUUAGAAGAGAAUCACGAUUGGAAGGUCGGAAUCAAGACUACAUGGGCCAUCUUACAUGACGAGAUAGGAAACAAGGAUAAAGCGAAAGAAAUGAUGCGUGAAGGACUGUCGAUGGCCAAAAAACUAGACUUGCCAAUAGAAAAGAUGAGAAACAAAGGCCCGAUACGAUUGUUUAUCAACCGUUAU